AUGUCUGUAGAAGUCCUGAUCCAGGUCCUGAUCCAGGUCCUGAUCCAAAGUCCUCCUCCUGCUCUGCAUAUCUGCAUCCGGCUGUCCUUCUUCACCCUCUCUGUGAGUUUGCAGUGCAUCAUGGGACUUACAGUCCUCCCCAUGCUCGUCCUGUUCUUGAUGACAUCAUCAUUAUGUGGUGGGGUGGGCGUGACCAGCCCUGGGGGCGCCAUCUCCUGUCCCCUGCAGUGUGUGUGUGAGACCCGACCGUGGUACACGCCGCAGUCCGUGUACCACCAGGCCAGGACCGUGGACUGCAACGAGCUCCACCUACAGAGAGUUCCAGCCAACGUCUCUGUGGACACGCAGGUCCUGCUGCUGCAGAGCAACAACAUCUCCUCCAUCACCUCCGAACUGCAGAACCUGAGGAACCUGACUGAGCUGGACCUGUCCCAGAACCACCUGACACAGGUGAGCUCCCUGGGUCUGUCCUCUCUGGGACACCUGGUGACUCUGUACCUGGAGGAGAACCACAUAGAGGAGCUGGAGGACUACGGUCUGCGGAACCUGUCCAGCCUGGAAGAACUUUACAUCAACCACAACCAGAUCUCCUCUAUUGGACCCAAAGCCUUUGCUGGUCUCACUAACCUCCUCCGGAGGGUGUCUCUGCGCUCCAACCCCCUGCGGUGUGACUGUCUAAACUCCUGGGGGCCUCACCUCGGCAACCAGUCUCACCUCAGACUGCUGGAGUCCUCUGUCACCGUCUGCGCCUUCCCGCCACACUUGAUUGAUCGGGAGCUACAGGAGGUGGUGGCAGCUGGGUGGGGCGGGGGCGGAGCCAACAGCUGCUUGCCGCACAUCUCUCCUCACACCUUCCCACCCACCGUGAACGUCAGCGUUGGACAGCCAAUCACCUUGGACUGUUGGGCAGACGCUGACCCCGCCCCUCAGUUCUACUGGGUGACACCAAGUGGAGACAAGGUGAGCUCCGAGGCCGAGGCUGCACCAAUCGUAUGGGAGGAGGGGCGUGGCCUGAGCAGGAAGAAGAAACACCGCCUGUCUGAGCCCGGAGCGUUGGUGAUGGAGCGUGCGGAGCCGUCAGACGCAGGUGUGUACACCUGCGUGGCCUGGAACAUGGAGGGGGCAGACACCAAGAGUGUCUCCGUGUCCGUGGAGCCUCAGGGGUCUGGAGGGGGAAUGCUGUGGGGCGAUGAGCCCAGGAGGGAGCAGUUCUGGCCGGGGAAUUGGUCCAGCGCUGCAGCCUCUCUGGUGGUGCUCGCUAAGGUGGUGCACGCCCGCUCGGUGGUGUUAGCGUGGAAACUGUAUCCGAGCAGAGGAGCGUUGUUUGACUCCGCCCUCCCUCUGCCCCGCUGGACCAGUGCCGCUGUGCACAUCCACAACUCUCAGAUAAGCUACACGGCCAAGGUCCCAGCUGACGUUCAGGAGUACAACCUGACGCACCUCCUUCCUGCCACAGAGUACCACAUCUGUCUCAGCAUCUCCUCCUCCCCCACGCCUCCUCCCAGCUCCUCUCCCACCUCCCUCUCUGUGUCCUCCCCCAUCCCAUUCUCUCCCGUCCACACCUCCUGCUUGAAUGUCACCACCAGGGAGGCGGGUUUCUCCGUGGAACUGAUGGCGUCGCGGCGCAGCAGCGUGGCGCUGGCGGCGGUCAUGGGCUCCGUGGUGGCCCUGUCCAUCAUGGCGCUGCUCGUGGCGUACAUGGGGCGCCGUGCACAGCAGCACAAAACCUGCGGCCACUCGCUGAAGAAGUACAUGCAGCACGCCACGGCCAUCCCUCUCAAUGAGCUGUACCCGCCGCUCAUCACGCUGUGGGAGAGCGAGGCUGAGAAGGACAAGGACGACAAGGAGGACGAAGAGAUCAGAAGACAGGUUGGAGGAGAUGAGGAGAAGGCCGGGAGGAGGCAGAUCAACACCACCAAGACCUACAUGUGGUAGCUGGAGGAGGAUCAGGACAACAGGGCUCCCUCAGGAGCCUGACAGACAAACUGAAGGGUGCAAUUAACCCAAGAGCUGCUGGUCGGGGGGAACUCUCAUCAGCUGCUGAGAACGAGGCGGGGCUACUGUUAUUAGAUAAUAAAGAA